CACAUGUCCAAAGGCCCCGCCCCCGACCCGCUGACUGACCGACGGGCCGGACCGGACUCUUCCUCCCUCUGUCUGUCCCUUGUCCGGCCGGCGGGAGGACGAUGCUGGCGGCGGCGGCGAUCUUGGCCGAGGCCGGACAACCGGAGGUUCUGCGCUUCUGGCCGCAGUUGUCGGAGGAGGAGCGGGGGUCACUGGCGGCGGCCGUAGAGCAACUGGAACCGGCGGAGCUGCGGGAUCAUUGUCGGGCAGCGGCCCGGGCAGCAGCGCUCCCCCCCGGGCACGAACCCGGCCCCGGCCCCCACACCGGCCCCCAGGCCCUCCAGCCACUGCCCCCCGGCGUCGUGGGCAGCGCUGCCCGGGCCCAGCCCGCGGAGCUCAACAGGUGGCGGGAGCGCGGUCUACAGGAGAUUGGUGAGGGCCGAGUGGCCGUGUUGUUGUUGGCGGGGGGGCAAGGUACCCGUCUCGGGGUGCCGUACCCCAAGGGCAUGUACGACGUGGGGCUGCCCAGCGGCAAGACGCUCUACCAGAUCCAGGCGGAGCGGAUCCACCGAGUCCGAACACUGGCCGCGGAGAGGACGGGCAGGCCGUGCCCACUGCCCUGGUACAUCAUGACGAGUGAGUUCACGCUGGGACCCACACAGUCGUUCUUCAGUCAGCACGGCUACUUCGGGCUGCCCCAGGCGGACGUGGUCAUGUUCGAGCAGAGGAUGCUGCCCGCGGUCGGCUUUGACGGGAAGGUCAUCUUGGAAGGGAUGGGACGUAUCGCCAUGGCGCCAGAUGGGAACGGGGGGCUGUACCGGGCACUGACUGACCACGGCAUCCUGGACGACAUGGAGCGGCGGGGAGUGUGUGAGGUUCACAUCUAUUGUGUGGACAACAUCCUGGUCAAGAUGGCUGACCCUGUCUUCAUCGGCUUCUGUGUGGAGAGGGGGGCCGACUGUGGAGCCAAGGUGGUGGGCAAGGCCUACCCCACAGAACCGGUGGGGCUGGUUUGCCUGGUGGACGGGCAUUACCAGGUGGUGGAGUACAGCGAGGUGGUGCCGGCAACCAUGCAGCGCAGGAAUCCUGACGGGCAGCUCACCUUCAACGCUGGCAACAUCUGCAACCACUUCCUCACCGUUGCUUUCCUCAAGGCCGUGGCUUGGGAGUUUGAGGCUCAGUUGAAGCCACACGUGGCACUGAAGAAGGUUCCCUAUGUUGAUGAGGACGGGAACUGUGUGAAACCAGAGAAGCCCAACGGCAUCAAGAUGGAGAAGUUUGUCUUCGAUGUUUUCCAGUUUUCCAAGAACUUUGCCGUGUGGGAGGUGCUGAGGGAGGAUGAGUUCUCUCCACUGAAGAACGCAGAGAGUGUUGGUGCCAAAGACACGGCCUCCACUGCCCGCCGCGCCCUGUUGUGGCAACAUUACCGCUGGGCACUUCAGGCCGGUGCCCACUUCCUGGACCACAGCAACAACCGCAUGCCCGCCUGUACACAGCUCCAGGAAACAGACGACCCCCCUGUGGUUUGUGAGAUCUCACCGCUCAUCUCUAGUGCAGGCGAGGGCCUGGAGGAGCGAGUGAAGGGCCGUGAGUUCCACCCUCCUCUCCUCCUGACGGAAUGAUGAUGAUGAUGAUGAUGAUGAUGAUGAUGAUGAACGAGCCGCUGCCAGCUGUGCUGAUCAUUGAUGUUGCCAAUUUAUUGACAGAUUUGUUUGAUUUUUUACUGACUGUGAGAGCGUCGCUGCUGGUCUUCAGGCUGCGAUUCCACUGGUGUCGGGCCGUUGGACAGCAGUGACCACCUUCAGCGGCCAGAGAUGGACCGGGGUGAGGGGUCUCAACACUGCCCCACCCUGGCACUGCCCCACCCUGGCAC